GUUCUCCCCAUUCCUGCCUCCCUUCAGGACUGAUCCUAUCGAAAGAUCAGCUAGCUUUUGGUCAAAAGAAACACAUACAGAGAGGAUGAUCAGGAAGCCUUCCUUUAUUUUUGGAAGCUGCACCUCAGCUGUGCUUCGUCAUAUUGUCCAUAUAAAAAGAUCUUUGCAUGGUGGUGACUUAAUUGUUCAUCCCUAUGUGAAGGAGGCUUUAGACAGUGGGAGGCCUGUUGUUGCCUUGGAGAGCACCAUUAUUACACAUGGCAUGCCGUAUCCCGAUAAUCUGAGGGUGGCACAAGAGGUGGAAGAAAUUGUACAAACAAACGGAUCUGUACCAGCAACAAUUGGUGUUAUAAAUGGAUGCAUCCAUGUGGGUCUCCAGAAUGAAGAACUUGAGAUUCUGGCAAAGAGCAAAAAUGUUGUGAAGGUGUCCCGAAGAGAUUUCCCCUAUGUUGUCAGCCAGGGUUUAUCUGGUGGGACGACUGUGGCAGGAACCAUGUUUGUGGCACAUAAAGCAAGGAUCCCUGUGUUCGUGACUGGAGGAAUUGGAGGAGUCCACCGUGAAGGAGAGAAAACUUUGGAUGUGAGUGCAGACCUGACAGAGUUGGGCCGUACUCCGGUUGCUGUGAUCUCUGCAGGUGUCAAGUCUAUACUCGAUAUUGGUAGGACGCUUGAAUAUUUGGAAACUCAAGGCGUCUGUGUGGCUGCUUUUGGAGAAUCAAGGGAAUUCCCAGCUUUCUUUUCACAGCAGAGUGGUUUCCAAGCACCAUUUCAGGUGAAGAAUGAGAAAGAUGCUGCUCAAAUGAUUGCCAGGUCCUUAGCAUUGCAGUUGGGCAGUGGGGUGUUGAUUGCAGUGCCCUGCCCAAAGGAUCAUGCCGCUUCUGGGCACCAAAUUGAAGGAGCAAUUCAGCAGGCUUUGGAAGAGGCUCAGGGAAAAGGUAUCCUGGGAAAGGAACUCACACCCUUCCUGCUACAGAGGGUGAAUGAAUUAUCCAAUGGGGAAUCUCUGAAAGCCAACAUUGCCUUGAUCAAGAACAAUGCCAGAGUGGGCAGCCGUAUAGCUGUAGCCCUGAAUAAGAUUCCGAGAGCCCAGGGGUCAAGAAAUACUUCGCUUCCAAAUGAAAAUGUAUCUGCUGUGUCAAGACCGGUGGUCAUUGGUGGCAUCAAUGUUGACAUCAUCGCCAAGGCAAAAGAUGCAACAAUACUGCAUGGUGGGCAGACAAAUCCCUCAACAGUGAGACAAUCUUUUGGAGGUGUGGGAAGAAAUCUAGCAGAUUGCUUAAGUCGUCUUGGGAAGACUCCUUUCUUCAUCUCAGUCAUGGGGAAAGAUGAACAUUCAGAAUCUGUCAUGCGUUACUGCAGGCAUAUGGAUAUGAGAGGUGUCUUGCAACUGGAAGGACACAACACAGCCACUUACUGUGCUGUAAUCACUGGCAGUGGAGAACUGACCCUUGGCUUGGGCGACAUGGACAUUCACCAGCAGAUAACUGAGCAAUAUGUUUCCAAAUUCAAGGAGAACCUCUGCUUAUCCCCACUAAUUUGCAUUGAUGGGAAUGUGCCGAUAUCCACCAUUCAAUACAUCUGUGAGAUUGCGAAAAAGCAUAAUCUAGCAGUGUGUUACGAGCCAACGGAUGUGGACAAGGCCUCCAAGCCAUUCGUUUCAGACAGUUGGAGGGCCCUGACUUAUAUCUCUCCCAAUCUACGGGAACUCAGAGCGAUUAACCAGACGCUGGGACAUCCUGUGCCUGCAGACCUGCCAUCCAAGCUGGAAGAUAUUGUUGACACUGCUGCAAAACUGGCUGGUCCCUUGUUGAAGGAAUUGCAUUGUGUGGUGGUAACACUUGGCCAUAAUGGAGUUUUGGUGUGUAGCCGGAAUGAGAGUGGAACGAUCUCUCUUCGCUCCAGAGCUUGCAACAAGGGUCCUACAAAUGAGUUGUAUGCCACUCAUUACCCAGCAAUCCCUGUUCCGGUGGAGGAGAUCGUGAACGUCUCAGGAGCUGGUGACAGGCUGAUGGGAGAUUUGUUGGGAAAGGACUGGUUGCUGAGGACGACCCUCCAAAGGCUAGAAGAGCCAGGAGGACUUUUGACACAUUCCCUGAAGGAGACAGAGAGGCCGAAACUGAAAAGCAGAAUUCCGGCAGAAUGCGGAAGGCAAAAAGAGAAGCCAAAGCUGGUGAUGGAAUUCAUAGCAAAGUUUCAAACAAGCCAUGGUCGGAAAGCAGAAAGCAGAAGGCAGGUGGCAGGGGGAAAAUGCCCCAACUUCCUCCUCCAAAAACUAAAAACCAAGGGUUUCAGACCUAUUUGGAAGGCCAUGGGAAGUUUAAUACUGACACGUAUUCCUGUCCUGGGAUUCGCUCAAAGGACUGCAGAAAACCUUCAGACUGUGAUGGCUGCUUGGGCCUCUAUACCUGCAAACUGCCUCGGGGGAAGUGCAACCUCAAAGCAGUUUCUCGGCAAACAGCUAGCUUCUCCCAGAGUAUCUGAAGCAGACUGCAUUUGUACUGCACACCAAUCUAUCCAAAUCAUUCCGGGAUGAAUUUGUACAUCUAGAGCUACAGUAGAGUAUUGGGGGUGGGGUUGGGUGUGUGAGUGGGUGGGAUAUGUAAAUUAACAGAAAAUAAAACAUGCCAUUCGGUGGGAAAAG